AGUAUUAAUUAUUUGAAUAACGAAAUUGAAAUGCACUCUGCUUGUAAUGUGUUGUGUCAGAAAAAGUAUAGUUAUUGUUAGAUGAGCUUGGUUGAAUUAUGUUCGGAGUACAUUAAAACUACUGCCUAUUUGGUACUAUAUAUAAAUUAUACUUAUUUUACGUAUUGUUUUCUCUCGCUAUGACAACUAUGGCAGACAGAACGGAUCUCGACCAAGUACUCCACGAUGGCAGCAAGCAAUUUACCGCCAAAAUAUUUUACGAAGUAGCAAAAGCUAAUAAAGAGAAAAGCAUUGUUCUAUCGGCGUACUCUCUUAUGCCGCCUCUUGCGCAGCUGGCUCUCGCUUCAGUUGGUGAAUCGCAUGAUGAAAUUCUUAAUGCCAUUGGAAUGCCUAAUGAUGAUAUCUCCAAGGCCGCUUUUUCAUCAAUCACUUCGAAAUUACGUUCAGUAAAAGGCGUAACGUUGCAGACAGCCAAUAAAAUAUAUAUUGGAAAAGAUCUAGAAUUAAACAAAAAAUUUGCUGCCGCCGCCCGAGAAUCAUUUGAUUCUGAAACAGAGAACAUUGAUUUCUUGCAGAGAGAAGAAGCUGCUAAAAAAGUCAACGCUUGGGUGGAAGAUCAUACAAACCAUCGUAUAAAGGAUUUGGUUGAUCCAAAGCAACUUACCGCGGACACUCGAGCUCUUUUAGUCAACGCAAUUUACUUUAAGGGUACAUGGAAAAAAGCUUUUGACGAAAAUGAAACUACACCAAAAGAAUUUCAUUUAUCUAAAGAGGAAGCAGUUUAUGUACCUACCAUGCAUAGCAAAGGUCAAUACAAAUACACAGAUAACCAAGAACUUAAAGCACAAAUUCUCGAAAUUUCAUACGAAGGAGAUGAAUCGUCAUUCGUCAUCGUAUUACCCCAUGAAAUAGAUGGCAUUAAUGACUUAGAAGAGAAACUCAGGGAUCCAUCAGCUCUUGACAAAGCUAUGAAUCAUUUGAAAGAGACGGAAGUCGAAGUAUACCUCCCCAAGUUCAAAAUUGAAACAACAACGGAUUUAAAAAAAAUUUUAGAGAAAAUACAUCUUGAAAAGAUGUUUACUCCAAGAUUAGCUAAAUUAGAGAAGCUUAUUGAUAACCGAGGCGACUUAUACAUAGAUUCAGCUAUACAGAAAGCCUUCAUCGAAAUUAAUGAAGAAGGUGCAGAAGCAGCGGCUGCGAACGCUUUUCAUGUCUUCGAGAUCACGAGUGUAAAUCGUUACAAAGAGAUGACGCCGCAGUUCGUCGCUGACAGACCAUUUUACUUCGCAGUAAAAACAAAUUCAUUAACUCUGUUUAACGGAGUAUUGCGUAACUUUUGAAUUGACAUUAUGGUAAAUACUUUGAUGAAUAAAAUUUGGUAAAAGUAUUA